CUAAACUCUCAUCCUCAAAUUUAUCGAUCCUCAUCUCCUAACUUUCCCCUUCCCCCACUCAUCAAAAACAAAUUACUCAAUCCAAAAUUAGAAACCAAACCCAAAUCCCACACGCAACCCACUUCAAAUCAGACAAAAUGCAUUGCACUACCUUAACCUCUCCUGGUUGCGACACCGUUCGCUUCCACUUCGCCACCGCCACCAACGCCACCGCUUUACCGACAUCCAAACCCGACUCUUUUCUCCGAUUCAAACCCGCCAACCGAUUCCGAAACACGUCGUUCAAAACAACAAAAGCUGCCGUUACCGAAGCUAUAACCACUGAGUUGAGCUUUUAUGAGUUACUCGGAAUACCCGAGUCGGGUAAUUUACUUGAAAUAAAACAGGCUUAUAAACAAUUAGCUAGAAAAUAUCACCCGGAUGUGUCCCCACCGGAUCGGGUUCAAGAGUAUACCCAACGGUUUAUCCAGGUUCAAGAGGCUUAUGAGACUCUGUCUGAUCCCAGAAGAAAAGCUGUUUAUGAUAGGGAUAUGGCUCGAGGUCUUCACCUUGCCUUUUCUGCUCGAAGAACUUACCAAAAUGAUGAGGAAAUGGAAGUGAGUAGUGACUGGAAGAAUCGCUGGGAAGCUCAGCUAUCGGAGUUGAAGAUAAGAAGCAUGAAUAAGGAUUCUGAAGAGAACAUGUCAUGGGCAGCUAGGAUGCGCAAGCGACGCCAAAGAUGAUCGAAAGAACUUAAAAUAGGUCCUUAUCUAAUUCUGUAUAUACGAGUCUUUAAACUGUAUACUUAGUUAGUAUGGAGAAAGAUAUCCGGUUAGCAUUGUUGCAUGAACAAGCAAAAAUAUAUGCACAUGCUAAUGGAGUAGGUAUCGAAAAAUCUUGUAUAGCUGUUUCUUUUUCGCCAUUUCAAUAACAUCUACUAGUAAAUUAUGAUGUUCAUAAUGUUAGUAUUACGGUACUCA